UACCAAUGGUCCUUUUUUCUAUUUAACGCCUUUAAACUUGUAGACUUAAUAAACCUUAGCAUUUUGUAGUAUUUAAAUAAUUCUUAAGAAAAUGAAUCUUAGUAACAAAGGCAAUAAUGAGCUAUUGUUCAUUAAUUUUAAUCAGGAUUUCAGCUGUAUCUCAGUCGGAACUCAGCAUGGUUACAAAAUAUAUAAUUGCGAUCCGUUUGGAAAAUGUUAUUCAAAAUCUGAUGGUGGAAUUGGGAUUGUAGAAAUGCUUUUUUGUACGUCGCUGGUUGCGUUGGUAGGAGCAGGUGAACACCCCUCAUUUUCACCACGACGUUUACAAAUUACUAAUACAAAGCGUCAAACAACAAUUUGCGAACUUACCUUCCAAACCUCAAUCCUUGCGGUGAAAUUAAACCGUCGUAGAUUAAUUGUCGUUUUGGAACAAACUAUUUUUGUUUAUGAUAUUAGCAAUAUGAAGUUAUUGCAUAACAUCGAAACUAGCCCAAAUCCAUCUGCUAUUUGUGCCCUUUCUCCUUCAAAUGAAAAUUGUUAUAUAGCUUAUCCCUCUCCCACUCCUUCUCCUUCAUCUCCUUUUUCAAACCAUAGCACACAGCACAAUGCACCAUCUGGUGAUGUUUAUAUUUUUGACGCUUUGUCAUUGCAGGCCGUAAACAUAGUCCAAGCUCAUAAAAGUCCGGUUGCUUAUGUAGCCAUUAAUUCCGAAGGAACUUUAUUGGCAACAGCUAGCGAUAAGGGUACGGUUAUUCGCGUGUUCUCUAUUCCAAAUGCACAGAAGUUGUAUCAGUUUAGAAGAGGAUCUUAUCCAGCACGCAUCCAUUCGAUCUCUUUUAAUCUUGUCAGCUCAUUAUUGUGUGUUUCAAGUGAUACAGAAACUGUACAUAUUUUUAAAUUAGGAGGAAAUACAGGUGGUCCAGGAGGAGGUGCAGGUGCAAACAAUGGGACUACUAACGGCACAGGUGGUGCAAAUCCUUCGCGUCAUUCAAUUGGCCCUACAACAAUAGGUGGAUUUGAAGCGUUUAUUGAUGGGAAGAAAAAAACCGGGUCCGGCACUAUACGCCGCCAAUCCUUUCAUCUCGGCCGUACUGUUGCUGGUAGUGUUGGCAACUAUCUUCCAGAUGCUUUGACAGAAAUGUGGGAGCCAACACGUGACUUCGCAUAUUUAAAAUUACCUAGUUCAGGCGUACAAAGUGUAGUGGCACUAAGCAAUACCACACCUCAAGUUAUGGUAGUCACCUCUGAAGGAUAUUUCUAUCAAUAUAAUAUUGAUUUCGAGAAUGGUGGCGAAUGUGUAUUGCUUAAACAAUUUAGUUUAUUGGAACCGAAUGAAGAUAUGGGAACGUCGUUAAUCUCAGAAUGACCAAUGAACUCAAAAACAAAGGGAAUCUGGUAAAAUCUAAUAAUUAAAUUCGACCUUGUGAGGUGAUGUCUUAGUGGUUUGAGUAAAUUUAUAUUGUGGAUUUAUCUCAUGUAUUAAUUAAUAUAUGGUUUGUGCGAUUAGUUUUGCGUUAUCUUAAUUUAAAUAUCAUAUCGUUGUAGUAAAAUUUAAUAAUAAAUUAAAAUAAGCAUUUUGUUUU